GAAUAUGUAUAUGAGCUACAAAAUACAUUUCAGAAUGGCGAUUGUGCACUUCAUGAACUAUCGCUUACAAUGGCCUAUGCUCAGAGAUGAAAUUGUUCUUUCCUCCCCACGAAAUGCUCAUCAAUAUCUGAUGUUGACAACUAAGUGUGACUAGAGGCCAAACUGAUCUAGGGCCAGAAGAGUACUUAUGGCCGUAACGAGGAACAUUUCAGACUUUGUGUAACGAACGUACAAAGGGAGUAAGUGUUCGUCUUGGUCCACGUUGAAAAGUGUUCGCUACUCAGUCAUCAGGUGCAAUAUACUGGGCUAAAGUAGGUGACCCACUGGGAUUCAUCAUUUCAUCAUCAACAUGGCUCGAGUGUGCAUCCUUCUCUUGGGAUUGAUCUCCUAUGGAAUCGUUUCCAAUGGAUUUGCCCUUCAGGAUUCCCCGUUAUCCAUGGGCCACGCCAUCGAUCAAAUCGAAACUUUAGUGGGGAAACUACAAAAUGGAAGAGUCAAACGUUCGGAGGACCGUGGAGUCACCAAUUUGGACAUCCGUGACGCUAUCCUGCAGUUGCUUAAUGUCAUCCGGGAGAACAGCAAGAAGUCAGAAAAGAGCUCCAAAUCUCAACAAGAGCUCAUCUCGGAGAUCUUGAACAAGAUCAAGUCUGAUUCUGGGAGUAGCUCGGGAUCGUCGGGGAUUGACAUUGGAGUGGAUCAGAAGAUUGACAACAUCUCCCGAUUUCUCCUUAAGAUGAAUUCCAAAUUGUCGAUUAUGGAGCGACAAAUGUCGAGGGGUCGAUCGUCAAAUGAUGAUGCUUUGGAAACUUUGGCCAAGGAUUCAUAUAAUAUUUUGGCUUUGCUGCCGAAUUUCAUUUCUAACACCAAAGAAGAAGUGGAAAAAAUUUCAUUGGAAAGCCAGGCUCACUUUGAGGAAUUAGAGGCCCUUUUGGUUGACGCUAAUGACGAGAAAAGCGAAAAAAGAAGCUUCGCCAAGGUCCUACGAGACACGGAGACUAACAUCUUGGGCGCUUCUAAUUCGCUCAAAGACAUUGUUAUCGAAUCCGGUCACAUGGCUGAGAGCCUCUUUGAAAGAGUCAAUGACGGGUAUAAGGAACUGACCAAUGAGAUCAAGGGACUGUCCAAUGUGGAACAAGUACUCUUGGACACUGCGGAUUCUGUGAUGGAUACGAAACGAAAAGUGGAAUUUGGAGUGCAACAGAUCAUCUUCAAGGUUGAAGAGCUGGUGAAAAUGUCGGGUGGUGAAAUUGAUGAGCAAAUGAAGAAUCAAUUUGCCGAUGUCACCAAAGCAAUCCUGGAGAAUCAAAAUUCCGCACUUGGAAAUUUGACGAAGAAGGUUGAGAAAGAGAUUGGUCAAGUCUGGCGUCAAAUGGGGAUCAUGUAUAAACAAGUGUCGAAUUCCAUCACCAUUUUGGAAAAGGUAAAAAAUACCACUGAAGGUUAUGUGGGCAAUCCCAGUGGUUCCAAAUUAGGAGCCAUGGAGGGACAAGUUGAGGGUCUCACUGACCGAAUGGGGGAUGUGGAUUCCAAUCUUAACUACAUGCUCGGGCAAUUGUCAUUGGUUGUGCAAGAAUUCAAUCAGGUUAAAACGGGUUUGAGUGCAGCUAUGACCGGUUUAGAGACCGACCUCGAAGACAUCAAGGAAUACAAACCUCCCCAAGAAGACUGAGGUCGUGUUUAGAAUCAUAUUUAUUGACCUCAUUUCACUUCAAUCUUGUCUAUUAAUUCAAUAUGGAAAUAAAGACGAGUCAAAUCUA